CAGUACCCCGGGGCAGCGAUGGACCGCGUCAGCUUGCUGUGGCGUCUACGUCGUCGGGCCCGUCGCGGGGCGCUCUGUAUGGGCCUCUUCUGCAUCUCCAUGGCAAUGCUCUAUGCCCUCUGCGCCGAGAACAGCGUACCUGUCACCGAUGCUAUCUUCGGGGUGCGGGCACGGACCCGCGCCCAGCCCCGGGCACACUCCAUUAUCAAGGUGCUGAGAGGUGGGGCCAAGCCCAUGUACCUCGACCCCCAGAAGCUCCCCGGCGUCAUCCCUGGCAACGCCCACCGUCCAAUCCCAGUCCUCUCCUCUCCAAACCACACACAGGAAGUCACAGCUAAGGAGACACACCCCAAACAUCCCAAGAGAGAGCGAGAGUCAUCGGGAUUCUUCGCCUGGCUCUUGCCGCGCCCCUUCAGGCGGGCCAUGGAGACCCUGUUUGGGGGCCGUCGUCGGGGGGAGCUUAGUGGAACAGUCGGGGACGCAGAAUUUUUUGGCCCUCACAGAGCUCUGGGGGAGGUCUGGGACGACGAGAUGUCCAGUAACAUGCUGGGGAAGAGGCUGAGGAAAGUGGUGCAGAACUAUCAGGCGAUGAAUAAGUAUGGUGUGGAGUUCUCUGGUCCUGGGGGCGUGGCCACUCGUCCUAAACUGAGCGGCUCAGAGUUGCUGUGCCAGCUGAAGUACAAGGUAGAAGUUGCGACCCUGACCCCUGACCUCGAGCCCUUCUCCUCUCUGCCCUGGGCGUACCAGCUGCCCCUACAACCCAUAACCUCUGACCUUGGACCCUACAAGAGCUGUGCAGUGGUAUCGUCGGCUGGGUCACUACGCUACUCUGGACUGGGCAAGGAGAUUGACUCCCAUGAUGCAGUGCUGCGGUUCAACGCAGCGCCCACCGUGGGGUACGAGAAAGACGUCGGCUCCAAGACCACCAUCCGCCUCCUUAACUCCCAGGUGAUGGCAUCAGACGACCACCGCUUCCUGUCCAGCUCUCUGUACAGCACAGGUGUGCUGGUGGCCUGGGACCCUUCCCCCUUUUCUGCUGACCUCAACCAGUGGUACAACAAGACUGACUACCCCAUCUUCGCCCAGUACCAGCGGUACAGGAGGCUCCACCCCCUCCAGCCCUUCUACAUCCUGCACCCCAGCUUUGAGUGGCAGCUCUGGCAGCGAAUCCAGGACAACAUGGCCGAGCCCAUCCAGAAGAACCCGCCCUCCUCUGGACUGCUGGGUACGGUUUUGAUGAUGUCCCUGUGUGAGGUAGUACACGUGUAUGAGUUCCUGCCAUCUCAGAGGAAGACGGAACUGUGUCACUACUACCAGCGCUUCUACGACGCAGCCUGCACUCUGGGGGCCUACCACCCCCUGCUCUACGAGAAGAACCUGGUCAAGAGGAUGAACCAGGGGCUCGACAGGGACAUCUACACCCACGGACGGGUCACCCUGCCUGGGUUCAGCACUCUCAACUGCACCCGGGGGGCUAGCACUGACUGA